AUGGUGGAGAUGGUGAGGGAGGGUGUGAAGGCCAUGGUGAGGAAGACGGUGAAGGAGAUGAUGAGGAAGACGGUGAAGGAAAUGGUGAGGAAAACGGUGAAGGAGAUGGCGAGGAGGAGGGGCAGAGGAAGACAGGUACGUAACACGGAGAGCACUGAUGAGGACGGACUUGGUAGAGCGGAAAGGGACACAUUCUCAAACAAGAGAAAGAGGAGGGAAACUGUGAGACGUCCACCUCGCCGAGAUACACAAAAAUCUGACGGAGCCAAACCAACAGCACACAUUGAUCUCACCCAAACCCCAGUCUCUACGAGGAAAUGCCCGGCUUCAGCUCAGGAUGAUAAUGAAAGCCACAAGGCUACUGACGCCGAUGCUGAAGACUCGGAUGAGGAUGAAGGUGAGGGAGAAGGAAGUGGAGAAGGGAAUGAUGAGGAAGAAGUACAAAGGAAGAGUGGAUCAUCAUCGAAAUCACAAGAGCACAUCGAUUCAACUAAAACCUCGGCAGCAUCUACUCAGAAUUAUCAAGAUUUUGAAGAUGACGAAGACGAUGAGGACACUCCUUUACCAAGAGAUGGCCGCAGACGUGAGGGUCACAAGGAUAAUGAGGACACUCCUUCACCCAGAGAUGGUCGCAAACGUGAGGGUCACAAGGAUGAUGAGGGCACUCCUUUAGCAAGAGAUAGUCGCAGACGUGAGGGUCACAAGGAUGAUGAGGGCACUCCUUUACCAGAAAAAUCAGCCGGGAAGAACAACAGUUCAGAGCGUGGAGUUAUUGAUGGAGAAGAAACUGUGGAUGAACCAACGAUAACAGCAGCUGGUCCAGGUGCAAGUAAUGAGGAAUCGAUACCCGAACGCAAUACUGAGAAACCAAAACGUUCCAAGCCAGUUCAGAAAUCUAGGGUUUCUGAACCAAUAACGACUACUGAUCAAGAUUCGGAUUCAGAUCAACACCCGAGACCUUCUGAACCAGGGGUUUCUCGAUCGCAUCAAGAACCGUGUGCUUCCGGAGCCGCUCAAGAACCAAAGGUUCAGAAACCCGCCGAGAAAUCGAAGAUUACUGAAUCGAAAACUCCGGAACAAGUUAGGGAACAUGUGCCGCAACAGGAGAUCCCUGAACAAGUUGAGAAACAAGUUCCUCAACAGAAGAUCCCUGAACAAGUUGAGGAACAAGUUCCCCAACAGGAAGUCCCUGGAGAACUUUUGCCUCAGGAGAUCUCUGACCAAGUUCAGGAAGAGACGGACCUUCAACGGCAGUCUACUCCUGAAGGCAUGAUUCCCGAACAAGCUCAAAAACCCGAGUUUCCUAAAUCUUAUAAAAAUUCUGAAAUUUCGGAAUCAUUAGGAGAGAAUCCAAGGGAAAACUUGAACCGAGGUGGAAGGCAGAAAGAUCAGGCUGCAACCGAUGACAGUAAUGGGAGUGGAAGAGGAGUGAGUAGGCCCAGCAAGUCAGGGAGCAGGGGAAACUCCCAGAAGGAAGAAGGUAGAAGUGCUGGAAAUACAGACAACGCUAAUAGUAGAGACUCUAGGCGACACGAGACCAGCGACAGAAGCAGAAGCAGAAGAGAUAGAAGCCGCAGUAGAGACUCUAGGCGACACGAGACUAGCGACAGAAGCAGAAAAGAUAGAAGCCGCAGUAGAAGUAGAAGAGAUAGAAGCAGAACAAAAGAGAUAGAAGCAGAAACCGAUUCGACUGGAGAGAAGGAAGCCAAGCGAGAUAUAGUAGAACUCGGGAUGACUUGCAGAGAUAUCCUGCAUUUUGGAACAGGGGGAGAAACAGAUUUUAACCGCGGUUAUCAAGCCAGGCGUUAA